ACGUGUCCUUUGACUUAAAUUGACUCUGGAAUCUCUCUUUAGAGGGGAGAGAGGAGCAACUGCCAAAAUUGCCGCCGGUAAUAUGCAGUUAAAGCCCUUCAACUCCUUCACCAUCGCCUUCAUGAUGAGCGGCGCCUUCUUCAUCCUCUUCUUCUGCAGCUUCCUCGAAUUCCCGCCUAUAUCGACCUCAGUGCAACCCACCAACGAUCCCAGUCCGUCCCUCACCAAUUUUGCACCCGACCCGUUUACCCAUUUGAUCGGCGCGUUCGGGAAGUGGGAUGCCCGGGUGGGUUGCCCCCGUUUCAAAGAGAAGCACAAGCAGCAGCUGUUCCCGAAAAACUCUUCUUCUCUGCAGCAAAUUCGCGGGGAAUCGGAAUGUGGGGAGGCGAAACCGGAGCAUGUUAGCGUGUUGGUGAAAGGGUGGACUUGGAUUCCUGAUAAUUUGGAUAAUUUGUAUUCGUGCCCGUGUGGGUUGAGCUGUUUGUGGACUAAAUCUUCUGUUCUUGCUGACAAGCCUGAUGCUUUGUUGUUUGAGACCACUACACCUCCCCUUCAGAGACGCACUGGAGAUCCACUUCGUGUGUACAUGGAUCUUGAGGCUGGCAGGAAGCGAUCUGGUGUUGAGGAUAUAUUUAUAAGUUAUCACGCCGAAGAUGAUGUGCAGUCCACCUAUGCUGGUGCACUCUUUCACAAUGGUCGAAAUUAUCACAUGUCUCCUUAUAAAGAAAAAGACACACUUGUUUAUUGGUCAUCAUCGCGCUGUCUACCUCGAAGAAAUAAGCUUGCCCACAAGCUUCUCAGCUUACUACCCCACCAUUCAUUUGGCAAGUGCUUGAACAACGUCGGCGGCUUGGACAUGGCCCUUUCUUUCUACCCCGAGUGUGCAAGUGAUAGUAGUGUCACCCAAAAAUGGUGGGAUCAUUUACAUUGUGCCAUGUCUCACUAUAAGUUUGUUCUUGCCAUCGAAAACACAAUGACAGAGAGUUAUGUGACGGAGAAGCUAUUUUAUGCACUAGACUCUGGGUCAGUUCCAAUCUAUUUUGGUGCCCCUAAUGUCUGGGACUUUGUUCCUCCCCAUUCGAUAAUCGAUGGCACUAAAUUUAGCAGCUUGGAGGAAUUGGCGUCUUACGUGAAGUCCCUCGCCAGUGACCCAGUUGCGUAUGCCGAGUACCAUGCCUGGCGAAGAUGCGGGGUGAUGGCGAAUUACGUUAAAACGCGAGCAUUGAGCCUUGACACAUUACCAUGCAGGCUCUGCGAAGCUGUUAGCAGAAAAGGUGGGAGAAAUGGAAGAACCAAGUGAAUUUGUUAUGGUUUAUGUAUAAAUUGUAUACAAGCGCUGCUGAUAGAUGUAUUAGUGAAAAGAAAAGAAAAGGAAACUGGGAUUUAUUAUAAAAGAAAUUAACACGUACUCAUUUUUCAUUUGCUUUA